AUGGCCGGAGAAAUUAUAACAAUCCAAGUUGGACAAUGUGGUAAUCAAAUGGGUAAGCACUUUUGGUCCCAGUUGGCUAGAGAACAUGGGAUUGGGAAAGACGGUCAGAGCCUGGACAAUAGUGGUGAUGCUCGAGAUGAUGACACAAACCCAUUUUUCAAGCUAAACGAAGGAAAUAGAUACACUCCGAGAGCUUUGAUGCUUGAUUUGGAACCUAGCGCGAUCCAGGAUGUUCAGAACGCUUUUCCCGGAUUUUUUGACCCAAGAAGCAUGUGGAUAUCUCCAGAGGAACUAGGUGCCGGAAACUCGUGGUCUAAAGGUUACGAUUAUGGCCUUGCUAAUCAAGAUGCGCUUCUAAACAUGAUAGAUAAGGAAGUUGACGCAACAGAGAACUUCGAAGGGUUCCAGCUGCUGCAUUCCGUCGCUGGCGGCACCGGAUCAGGCUUGGGAUCCAGUCUCUUGGAAGCGAUAUCCGAUAGGUUCCCCAAAAAGUUCCUUACGACGUAUUCUGUAUUCCCUAGCGAUGAAUCUGAAGUGGUCAUUCAGCCUUAUAACACCAUUUUAACUCUUAGGAGGCUUGAAGAGAAUAGCGAUGCAUCAGUCGUAUUUGACAACAACGCCCUCCUGAACCUCACGAGCAGGGUCUUUAGAGAUCCUUACACGAGCUAUCUGCAUACAAACCAGCUAAUAUCCGCAGCGAUGUCAGCCAUAACCAAUUCAAUUCGAUUUCCAAGCUAUAUGUACAACUCUCUCCCCAGCAUAUUCUCGACUCUGGUGCCAACUCCGGAGCUUCAUUUCCUGGUUCCAAGCUUCACGCCUUUCACCUCUGAUUACGUUACUGGGGGGAAAGAACCUAAGAGUAAUACUGCUUAUGAUGUGCUCCUAGAUUUAUUUGAUGGUUCAAGUUCUCUCGUAUCAAGCAGCAUUGAUAAUCCAACCUAUCUGAACGUUCUAUGCUCAGUGAUUGGUACAACUGAGCAGAAUGACGUUUUGCGAGCCAUUGCAAAAGCACAGCAGCGUUUAAACUUUGCUCCUUGGUCGUUCUCGUCGGUCCAUGUGAAUGUUGGAAGACAAUCGCCUUAUCUGUCAGAUCAGACUCGUCAUAGCUACACAAAUGGUCUCAUGCUGGCAAAUACAACAGCUAUAACAUCUUUGUUUACUAAGACAUGCACCACUUUUGAUAAGAUCUUCUCCAAAGGUGCCUUUCUGAACACUUUCAAGGAUGGUAAGAUGUUUCAAAAUGGUUGGGAUGAGUUUGUAGAGUCCCGGCAGGUGGUGGAGGAUCUAACUGAAGAAUACAUGGCCUCUGAACAAGAAACGUACCUUGACGGCGUGCUAUUAGAGGAUGAAAAUAUGGUGGAUCAUAUCGAUACAGGGUUCGAUGCGGAUGGCGAUGACAAUAUUAUAUGA